CCCUUCAUCCCUCCAUCCUCCCCCUCCCUUCCGCCCCGCAUCCCUCCUUCCUGCAUCCCUCCCUCCUGCAUCCUUCCCUCCUGCAUCCCUCCCUCCUGCCUCCCUCCCUACUUCCCUCCCUCUGCCUGCGCAGAGCCGCGGACAUGGCGCUCAGCAAUUUCCUCUUUGCUCAGUGCAUCUGCUACUUCCUGGCCUUCCUCUUCAGCUUCAUCGUCGUGGUGCCGCUCUCCGAGAAUGGCAACGACUUCCACGGCCGGUGCCUGCUCUUCACCGAGGGCAUGUGGCUCAACGCCAACCUGACGGUGGAGAGGCAGCGCUUCACCGUGCAAGAGUGGGGGCCCGAGGCCGCUUGCCGCUUCAGCAUCUUCACUGGGCUCCUCUCCCUGCUGCUGGCCACAGUGCAGGCCUGGAGGACCCUCUUCUUCCUCUGCAAAGGGCAUGAGGACUCUUUCUUUUAUGCCUUCCUGAAUCUGCUGAUCAGCGCCUUUGUGGUGUUUAUCACAUUUAUUGCUAGCACUAUAGUGAGUGUAGGAUUUAACAUGUGGUGUGAUGCAAUUACUGAAAAAGGAAGCAUGCCAAAUAGCUGUGAAGAAUUACAGGAUAUAGAUCUUGAACUGAACUUAGAAAACUCUGCUUUCUACGACCAGUUUGCUAUUGCACAGUUUGGUCUCUGGGCUGCCUGGCUGACCUGGCUGGGAAUUACCAUUCUGGCUUUCCUGAAGGUUUAUCACAACUACAGACAGGAGGACCUGCUAGAUAGCCUGAUCCAUGAGAAGGAGCUGUUGCUAGGAAGAUCCUCUUCACGAACCUCUUUGCAAGAUGAGAAAAGUGGCAUGAUCUAA